AUGGCGAAUAUUUUUAAAGAAAUCAACAACAUCGAUAACCCAAAAAAGAAAGUAGAAUUCAUUAAGAAAGUUACAUUAUCACAGUUACCAAAGAAUGGACCAUCGAUUAGUGAAUUUUAUGCUGACCAAAAUAUUUUGGUUACUGGUGGUACUGGCUUUAUGGGCAAAGUUUUAAUUGAGAAAUUACUUCGUUCAUGUCCAAAAAUUAAGGGAAUUUAUGUAUUAUUGCGUUCGAAGAAAAAUUAUACGGAUGAACAAAGAUUAAGUAAAAUCUUAGAUAUACCUUUAUUUGAAAAAUUAAAAAAAGAUUAUCCAGAAUCAUUAUCUAAAGUAAAAGUAAUUAAAGGAGAUAUCAGCAAACUACAAUAUGGUUUAUCUGAUUCUGAUUUGGAAUUUAUAAUAAAUGAAAUAAACAUUGUAUUCCAUGUGGCAGCAUCUGUACGUUUUGAUGAUUCUUUGAAGGAUGCCAUUUUAAUCAAUACACGAGGAACUAGAGAAAUGUUAAGAAUACUUAAACAAAUGCAACAUUUAAAGGUUUUCCUGUAUACAUCAACCACUUAUUGUAAUAUUGAUAAAGAACUGGAUGCAAUUGAAGAAAAGGUUUACAAACCGUCAACAAAUUGGGAGACUAUGAUUAAUGCAGCUGAAAAUAUGGAUGAAAAUGUACUCAGUAUCCUUGAGCAAAAAAUUUUAAAUAAGUAUCCAAAUACGUACACAUUUUCCAAAAAUCUAGCUGAAGAAAUUGUGUCAGAAAAUUGUGGAGGCAUACCAACAGUUAUUUUUCGUCCAACAGUCGUGGCUAUUUCAGUAAAGGAACCGAUACCUGGCUGGGUGGAUAACUUUAAUGGACCAAUGGGCUUUAUAACAGCAUUUCAAGUUGGACUAGUUCGUACAGUUUAUAUAGACGGCGAUAAGAAAGUUGAUUGGGUACCUGUUGACAUAGCAAUAAAAGGAAUGAUAGCAUCGACAUGGUAUAAAGCGUUGGAACAAUCGGAGCGUAAUCAAUGCUUAGUUAUUAAUUCAUCAACCAGUGACUUGGUACAAAUUAACAAUAGUGUGAUGAUUGAAUUUGGAGCGUCAACAGCAAAAAAAAGUCCACCGAGCACAUUGUUAUGGUAUCCAUUUUGUUUUUACACGCAAUAUAAAUAUUUAUUUUGGUUUUAUUCUGUAAUACUGCAUUUGAUUCCAGCAAUAUUUUUAAAUAUUUUAUUGAAAUUCAGCGAUCAAAGAUUGAAUUUAUUUAAAUUAUACCGACGAAUAUUUUAUGCAAAUAUGAAGCUUUCACCGUUCUCGUUAAAUGAAUGGACAUUUAAAAAUGAUAAUUUUAAAUCGUUACAUGCCAUAUUGAAACCCGAUGAUGUAGAAAAAUUUUCAAUAGAGUAUAUUGGGAUGUCAAAUCAAGAACGAUUUGAUCUCGUAAGAGACGGCUCACUACGAUAUCUAUUAAAAGAUAAGAAUUUUUCGGAAAAAACACUUGAUCAACGAUUAUUCAAUUUAAAAAUGUAA